GGCGGUCUUCUGUUGCUACGGUUAUCUUUCAUGAACUCGCUUAUUAUGGCCUCCAUAAGCCCACAUGUGAUGGUUUGAUGAAUUUUCAUACGAAUAUACGCAUGAAGUGGAGCAUAUUCUUUAUUGUGAUGUCGCAAGAAAUGCUGUUAGUUUAGGUAACUCUAUUUAAUCUAAGCAUUCUAAAACCGCUUAUCUUAAAUAAAUUGUAAUUAAUUAUUCAUUAAUCCAACGAUAUUACAGAAAUUUGAUUUUUGUGGCCGAUCUCACGCGAAGGUAGUUUAAAAAAGAUAGACUCCAGUUAUUUGAACUAUACUGCAAUAGUCAAGAUGUGGGUGGAGAUUGUUUUGUUUUUUGUGUUGGUGUUGGUGUACGCGGUGCUGAGGGACAGGCGCCCCCGCAACUGCCCCCCUGGUCCAGUGGAAAUCCCGUUUUUCGGACGAAUGCCGUUUUUUGAUGAAAAAAUGGGAGAAUAUUUGAAAGAAAACUAUGGUGACAUUGUCUCGUAUCGCACUGGAACUUUACGUUCGGUUUUCCUUUUCGACUCUGACACCGCCAAGGAGGCCUUGGGCAGACUCGAUUUCGCUGACCGCCCAGAUUUUUUCUCCACUUUCAGCUUUGACGAUCAAAAAACUGGAGGUGUGAUUGGCAGCAACGGUGCACAAUGGCAGCACGACCGCCGUUUCGUGCUGCGCAACCUUCGCAAUCUCGGCAUGGGCAAGAGUUACCUGGAGGAAGCCAUCAACAUCGAAGCCAAGGCGCUGGUGGAAGACCUCAAGAAAUACGACGGUGAAGCCAUCAACUACCCCGACAGCUUCAGGACUGUGGCGCUCAACAUCAUCUGGCAGAUGGUGGCUAGUACUCGGUACGAUCUUCGUUCCAACGAAGUUGAAACCAUCUAUCGCCUGACUAAAGAAUUCCAGAACAACUUCUCCACGUUGUUGUUUCUGCCUUUGUUCAUUCCUGCACUGAAUCUUCUGCCUAAGCCCCUAAAAAAUUUUAUUUUUCGAGAUUACUUGGUCGAUGCUUUCGUGGAAGAAAUGAAAAUCGUCAUAGACGAUACAGUGGACAAGCACCUGGAGGACUAUGACCCCGACAACCCCCGGGACCUCAUAGACGAGUACAUCAAAGACAUGAAGACGAGCGAAGGGGACGAAAACUCCCUAUUCAGGAGAGGAGCUUUGAACCAAAUCGUCAACGACCUCUUCGGCGCGGGCUCGGACACGGUAAAUAAUCAGCUGAAGUGGAUGGCCUACCUGCUCGCCCGGUAUCCAGAGUACGCAACGAGGAUGCAGCAGCAAAUAGACGCCGUCGUGCCCAGGGACCGCAUGGUGUCGCUCAACGAUAAGCCUAACUUGCCAUUAGUUGAGGCCUUCACCGUUGAAGCUCUGCGGUAUGCCUCAAUCCUGAUCUUCAACGUCCAGAGGUCAGCUACCCGCGACACAAACAUCAACGGUUACUUCAUCCCCAAGGACACCUUGAUUCAAGUGGGAAACUACUCCAUCCACCACGACCCGCGGUACUGGGACGACCCCCACAAGUUCUACCCUGAACGGUUCCUGGAUGAGAGCGCCACUAAGUACACUGCCCCCAAAAAAGCCUUCUUUGCAUUUGGAUCCGGUCGGCGUCAGUGCGUGGGGGAGCUGCUGGCCCGCAUGGAGUUGUUCCUCUUCACCGCCGCCAUCGUCCAGCACUUCGACGUGCGUCCCCCGCACGGCGUCGACCUCAGCCUGGAAGAAUGCGCUAACUUGGGCGGUCUUCGUGUGCCAGCCGACAAAAAACUUAUUUACAAACCGCGGAACUAACAAUAACACCGAACUCUGCCAAUGAUGUCAAAUUAACUACCACGUCCCCAGGUCAAUAUAUUUGAUCGAGUGUAGAGUAAACCUGGCUUUGAUCGUAAAACGGAAGAAUUAGAAUUUUGGAUCUUGUAUUCCAAGGCACAUAAUGCGCAUCAAUUUCCAUCAAUACUCGAAGUCUUCCCAAUAAAACAAAGAAACCUGAUGUGUCCCGUUGCUGAAGUAUAUUUAACUAUUUGUCACUGGCCCUCAUCGGGCCUUUAAGUAUUCAAAUGGAAUGUCAGCGGUGGACCACCUCUUCUCUGAUACAAAAUAAGCACAUUAAGCGGGAUUUAUUUGUUGGUGUUGUUUUCAUGCGCCUCAGAAACUUACUGACAUGAAUACUCCUACUCUUCCAAUUGCCUCUCUGAAAACACAACAGGCCAAAGCAUAAGCAUGUAUUAAGUAACUUAAUUGUUGAAUCAAGCAUAACAAAAGAAAACACCCCAUAAGUGAAAAGUGUAUUACGCAUCAGGACGGAACAACAGUUUCGCCUUACCAAAGGAUGUAAGAUUUAAAGUACGAGGUAGUAGACUAUUUCAUAAAAAUUUGAAGCGAGGCUUUUAAAACGAAAAAUGUUUAUUAGUGUUUGAUAUAUUAAAAGAAUAAAUUAAAAUUUCGACCUUCCACGUAAACACUAAUGGAAACUGCAUCAGUGUUGCUUAGUUUAUACACAUGAUUCAAUGGUAACCGAUGUCAUACCUGUGUAAAUAUAAAUAACGGUUGCCUAGUAUUUCGUAUCUGUGGGAUGAGUUAAUUAUUUUUUUAUGUUUCCACUUGUAUGCCGUCUCGAUUUAAUAAACUCCAGAAUGUUU